AUAGAAAACACAGAAAACCAAAAGAACACAUGAAAUUCUCUGCAUAAGAGAACACAGCCCCAAACCACUAUUUUCUAAAACCAUACUGGCCCGGCCCGAUCCUACUCAUUGCUAAAUCGAAAACUAUUUACGAGUUUUGACCAAAAGAAAUAGCCGAAUAAAAAACAGUGGGUUAGACUCGAUGUCACCAAAAAAAAAUAAAAAAAAAAUAGUGUUUUGGACUCGACUUCAUCAUCUGAACUAUCCCAUAAUGCUUGGCCAUCGUGACAGCAAGCAGUUUGCGUCGACAGUCAAACAGUCAGCGACAUGGAAAUGGUGGCGACAACUGCCUCAGCCACACCCACAGCCCCUGGAGUCUCCAGCCUCCGCUACUCUUCCGGGUCGGGCCACCGGCGGAUAAGGCCCGCAAAGAAGGUCACGGGUUACAGAAAAUUCGCCAUCCACUACCCAAACUGCUUCUCUUCCACGAGGGUAAAAUGGUCUUUGCUUAUCCGAGCUCUUGACCCUCAAAGAGGAGGAGGAGAAGAAGAAGAAGAAAGUUCAGGCAUCGCUAACACUACAAGCGCUCCAAACUCUCAGGACGAUCUGGAAUAUCUGGGGAAGGUUGUAGCUGGUUCCAUUGUGGCUGCAGCUGUUAUAAAGUAUGGAAGCAUAGUUUUCCCCGAGAUAACCAGACCCAACAUCGUACAGGCUCUUAUCAUGAUAUUAACUCCUGUUAUUGUAGCCAUUUUGCUUUUGAUCAAGCAGAGCCGUGCAGAGGGGCGAAGCUAGGAAUGCAAGCCUGUAAUUUGGCACAUAUCCUCUUGCAGGCCUAUAAGACAAAUUUAGAUGGUUUUAUAAGAACGUAUAAGCAAUCAGAUUUUCCUGGUUAGCAAGAUUGUGAUAUGGUUGAUCGUACAAUGAGGUGCCGUGCAACUGCAUAUUUACAAAAGCAAAAUAAAGAAAAGAGAAGCUUGAUGAUGCAAAACAAUUUCUGAUCUUAAAUAUUUUGUUCUGUUUAAAACUCAAUAUCUAUAUUUCUGCGGGUCUUGAAUGUUAGAAUCAUGCUACAUCAUG